AUAUGAGGCGUGCGUAUUAUAUAGAUACAUUCCAAGCCGGCAUCCGGUUUAAGGGAAUAACCAGAUGUAUACGUGCGUGGACUUUGCAAAUUACCAGGCGUGUUAUAUCACGUUUUGCUCGGCCGCACAGUACGAGUUAUCAUCUUUUGUUUUGUUUACAGCAACCUCAAAUACCGAACUACCGUAAUACGUAGAUACUUUAAUUUAAAUCAGGAAAAACACAGUUAUCGAAGGAUAGAACAUAGAUUAAUGUAUCUCAUCAACGAUAACGUCAUUGUGGGAAUCAGACGCACUGCUUCAUACGAAACGGCUGAGUUGUGACGUCGCACAGAGUCUGCAGAAAAAACUGGUCAUAUAAAUAGGUGGGCGUUGUGGGUCCAGCGCCAGUGAUCACAAUGGGACGCGUUGGUGAGGUAGCGAGCUUGCUGGCGCUGGUCGCCUUGACCGCGGCUAGUGUGACAGACAACACCCUCGACGGCGGGGAGCGGGUGGUCCUAGUGGCCCCUGUGCUGGCCCCCCCGAGGGACUCCAGGACUCACAGCAAUGACCGUGCGCGGCAGUUUCCCGUGCUAGUGCUUCUCGCGCAGCAGAAUGCGCCGCAAGGCCGCUCCGAGCCUUCAGCCAAAUCUUUAGGCGGGCCACCCAAGCCGAUUUAUGUUCAGAAACUAGAAGACCAAAAAGUGCAACAGGAAACCACAAAGACUCAAAGUAAUCGUCAGAAGCGACACUUGCUGAAGAAAAUCCUCUUGGGCCACGGUGGCGGUGGCGGUGGUUACGAGUAUGGAGGAGGUGGUUUCAGCGUUGGCUACGGAGGUGGCUACGGGGGCAGUGGAAACUACGGGGGCGGUGGAAACUACGGGGGCGGCGGCGGCUACGGUGGUGGCGGCGGCUACGGUGGCGGCGGCGGCUACAGCGGCGGCGGUGGUUACCAGGAGCCAUCCAAGACGAUAGUUGUGAAAGUCGUUCAUGAGAAUCAUGAUCACGGCGGCGGUCAUUACGGUCACCACGGUGGUGGCGGUUACCAAGGUGGUGGCGGUUACCAAGGUGGCAACGGCGGUGGCGGCUAUGGCGGCGGCGGCGGUUACGGAGGUGGCUACGGCGGCGGUGGCGGCGGUGGUUACGGCGGCGGAUACGGCGGCGGCGGUGGUUACCAGGAGCCAUCCAAGACGAUAGUUGUGAAAGUCGUUCAUGAGAAUCAUGAUCACGGCGGCGGUCAUUACGGUCACCACGGUGGUGGCGGUUACCAAGGUGGUGGCGGUGGCUACGGCGGCGGUGGCGGCGGUGGUUACGGCGGCGGAUACGGCGGCGGCGGCGGCGGUGGCGGCGGCGGUGGUGGUGGCGGUGGCGGCCACGGAUACGGCGGUGACAACCACGUUGGUUUCGGGAAUCAAGGAGGCGGUUGCGGAGGCGGUUGCGGGGGAAAUGGAGGCGGCGUUGCCUCUGCCACCGCUACUGCCACUGCUACAGCUACUGCUCAGUCCAGCUCGUACGGCGGAGGGUACGGUAAAAAACGCUAAGUCUGGCUGGACUACAGUGAAAGUCGACGUUACUUAGACAAUUGUAAUUUGUGAAGUAAUCUGUGAUCGUGAGAGAAAAUAGAAACAUUUACAAUGUGAAAAACAAUAGCAGUAAGAGAAGCGAAAGAACAUUUUAGUUAAGAAUGUAAUGAAUUAUGAUCGAUAUCAGGUACCUAUACCUACCUAGUUUCUGGAGGAAUAGGUAGGUACCUGUGUUAAGAAUGUGUGCAAUGAUUAAAGACUUUGAUUUUUAUUUA